AUGGACAGGGGAGAUCUGCAGAGGGAGCAAGCUCGGUACAAGACGCAUCUCAUCGCCCAGAUUAAAUCGGCUAUGCGAGAGAAUGGAUUACCCGGCACAUCGCAAAACGGGGAACAUGAAUUAGACACUCUGGUUGCUAGAACCAUCGCUACAUCAGGCCAUCCUCAAGCACACCCAACACAAGAAACUCUCCUGCGAAGUGGGCUUGCACCCGAACGCACCCUUCAACUUCUCGGCAGAGACGGGCAUUUGCACACCUUCAGCGAGCCGGUAUGGAGUGAAGCACUCAACAACGCCGAUUUCUCGACGGAACUCUUCUACGAUCAGCCAGUCCGCAUGAGCUCAUAUAAUCAGCCCUCCGCUGACGCUUCUGAGAUACUAGCAACGAGUAUAUCGCCUCCCACUGAAGAAAGCAACGUGCGAGGUUCCAUCGAUGUCUCAAGAUCAAAUUCCUCAUCCGAAGCAAACAUGAGCGCAUUGGAUCUGUUCCGCGACCCGAUAUUGAGUGAAUAUUGCUCAUCGGAGCUGUCUGGAUACAGCAGUGAAGCGGACUGGUCGUUUUACGCGCAAAGGUUCUCGCGCUCAGGUUCCACAGAUCUUGUUUCCCAACCGGCCGGACUCAACAAUCCAAUUUUGCACGGAGAUGUGGAAGACAUCUUAUUCAUGUAUUACUUUGAUCAUGUUUUCUACAUGCAUUGUCCUUUUUACUUUCCUUCAAAUAGGCAAGGGCGGGGUUGGCUGCUUUCAAUCUUGAAGCGGGUUAACUCAGCCUAUCAUGCAGCUCUUGCUUUGAGCGAAUAUCACCACUCGACUUCAACGCAGCAUGGCAGCGCUUAUCCUGUCAGAACGCGAGGUGCAUACUACGAUCUGGCUCUCCAAGAAUUGCAAACCAGCCUUCCACGACCCUCAGCGUGGACCGGAAACCGAGGUCUCCCCCACAAUAUCGAAGUCCUUACCACCAUUCUUCACCUCUUGUUCUACGAUGUACGCUCUUACUCUUCCGUAGUGCCAUCUUCAGUGCUAAUCAUUCCAUACAACAGUCAUGCAGUGGUCGAAAACACAACUGGCAAGUACAUCUUAACGGUGCGAAUGCCCUACUUCCAUCGCUUGUGCAAGCGCAGAUGGGGUCAGCUACAGCAAGAAAACACCAAACAAAAGAACGUCAGGACAGGACAAUUCCGCAUCCUGAUACUUCACUAA